GAGGGUGUUGAUAUUAAGACCCUCACCCUAGCCAUCUCUCUUCUUUUGUCUUCUCUUGGACACAGCACACAUCACUACUCUCUUCUAUUAAUCCUUUUUUCCUCUAUUCUUUUUUAAAAUAAGAUUGAUUUGAGAAACAUACAUUAUUGAUCCCGGAACAAUUCAUGACGAUAUUUUUUUUGUACCUUCCUAUUCUUCUUUCGCUUUCUCUUCCUCUUUCUUUUCUUCUUCAUAUAUUCAAGAAGCAUUUCUAUUCUCUCUUCUUCCAUGUUUUCAGCGCCUUCAAGAACAGUUUCAAGACUUCUAACCGAUCCUCUUCGCAAAUCUUGGCGCGGGCGAUCACCGAUCUUUCUCCUCCUCCUCCUCCGCCAUCGAAAACCGUGGUUGUUGACGAAGAGACCGAUGGCAAUUGCAAGCGGACGUUCUGCACCGAGAGUCUAGGGUUUGAGAGCAUCGAGGAAACGCUAGUGGACGGUGAAGACAAAGAUCAAAAGAUAACGGAGAAGAUCGAAGAUCUUGAUGUUGAGGAUAAUAGGAAUGAUAAUAGAAGAGAGUUAUUGAGGAAUUCGAAGGCGGCAGCGGCUGCUCUGUCAUUUCCUCCGCCGCUUUCUUCGUUGAACCAGAAGGGACAAGCGAGUUUCGCUCUUAUUCCGGUGAGGGAGAAUGGAAGGUUGCAACUCAACAAAGUGAGAAUCAAAAGACCUGAGAUUCUCUACGCUUCGAGAGAACACGGAAGGUUGAAGAUGUUUCUUGUUCCAGAUCAAUGCGACGAUGAUCUCGAAGACGAAGAAGAAGAAGAAGAACCACAACAAGAAUUCAAAGUAGAAGAAGAAGAAGAAGAUGAAUCGACAACGUUAGUAUCAGAAGAAGAAGAAGAAGAAGAAGAAGAAGAAGAAGAAGAAGAAGAAGAAGAAGAAGAAGGAGAAGAUAGGGUUAUUGUUGGGGAUUGGAAGUUCAACAAUAACAAAAUUGAAGGGUUUAUGAGGUGUCAUCACCAAUUGGUGAAUCAAAGCCAAAAUAAUAAUCAUCAUAAUCAUCAUCAUCACAAUCUCAACAUUUAUGGAGUGAUCAGCAUUGCAUGAACGUGAUGGUGUGUUUUAUGUGAUUCUGAACUAUUAUUCUGCUGCGGAAAGUGUUGCUUUUGUCACAACAGAGACAAGACAGAGGCUCCGAUCCAAUAAUCCGUUUUUGUUGCACCCCACAUCCAAAACUCUCCACCUUUAGCGUCGCGCAACCUCUUCUUCGUGCAGU